AUGAAACAAUAUUUGAAAAAGGAAAAUUAUAAAUGUGUGAAAAAUAAAAUUAAUUUAACUCUUGAAUGUUGUUUAUUAAUAUUUUUUCUUAUCAUUAUUGAUAACGUUUCGGGUGGUCCGGUGGACGUCACGCCCGACUAUACUCUAAUAAAAUCAAAUUUAAAUGAUGGAGGAAAAAAAACAAUCGUCGAAAGAUCCGUUCCAGACGACGGAAGCGUAUCGGAUGGAGAAACGAAAUUUAACACCGGUAGCGAAUUAAAAGAAAAUUAUCCGGUUGUUACCGUAGAAUUUGAAAGAGUCAAAACUCCUUUUAUCAUAGGAUUAUGGAUUUUUUGUGCCAGCAUUGCCAAAAUCGGUUUUCACAUGACUCCAAAACUGAGUAAAAUUUUUCCAGAAUCAUGUUUACUUAUUGUUGUUGGAGUCGUUAUUGGACUUUUUUUGGUUUUGUGCAGCAGCGUACACGUGUCUCCCCUCACGCCGGAUACGUUUUUCCUUUACAUGCUUCCGCCGAUCAUUCUAGACGCGGGUUAUUUCAUGCCAAAUAGAAUGUUUUUCGAUCAUUUAGGAACGAUAUUGUUAAUGGCUGUCGUCGGAACUAUUUUUAAUACUUUAACUAUUGGUGCUUCUUUAUACGCUGUCGGAUUGACUGGACUCUUCGGUGUACAAACUCCACUUUUACAAAUGUUUCUUUUUUCUGCACUUAUAUCUGCUGUUGAUCCUGUUGCCGUACUUGCCGUUUUUGAAGAAAUUCACGUUAACGAAAUACUUUACAUAGUAGUCUUUGGAGAAUCGUUGCUCAAUGAUGCUGUUACUGUUGUUCUUUACCACAUGUUCGAAGCAUACAACGAAAUGGGUCCUAGUAACAUUUUGUACACGGACGUGUUGUCCGGACUGGCUUCCUUUCUCGUUGUCGCCUUAGGAGGUACAAUAAUAGGUAUCGUUUGGGGAUUUCUCACGGGUCUCGUGACACGUUACACGGAUGAAGUGCGCGUCAUAGAACCCAUUUUCAUAUUUGUUAUGGCAUAUUUAGCUUAUUUAAAUGCUGAAAUAUUUCACAUGUCUGGAAUUUUAGCGAUAACUUUUUGCGGUAUAACGAUGAAAAAUUACGUUGAAGCAAACAUAUCGCAUAAAUCUCACACUACUGUUAAAUAUGCAAUGAAAAUGUUAAGCAGUUCUUCGGAAACAAUCAUUUUUAUGUUUUUGGGAGUAGCAACCGUUGGUAACAAACACGAGUGGAAUACUUGGUUUGUUCUGUUAACAAUUAUUUUCUGUUCCGUUUUUAGAGUCAUAGGUGUUAUUAUAUUAACUGCAAUUGCAAAUCAUUUUAGACUUAAUAAAUUGACAAAAGUUGAUAAAUUUGUCAUGUCUUACGGUGGUUUGCGUGGUGCUGUUGCCUUUGCAUUGGUAUUAUUAAUUAACGAAGAACACGUUCCUCUUCAACCAAUGUUUGUAACUACAACAAUAGCUGUUAUUUAUUUUACUGUUUUCCUUCAGGGUAUUACGAUAAAACCUUUAGUUAAACUUUUAAAUGUUAAAAGAUCAGAAAAAAGAAAAUGUACGAUGAACGAAAGAAUACACGAAAGAUUCAUGGACCAUUUAAUGGCCGGUAUCGAAGAUAUCGUCGGAUCUCAUGGAAAUUAUCACGUUAGAGAUAAAUUUAAAAGAUUUGACAACAAAUUUAUCCGUCCUUAUUUGUUGAGAAACUACCAAGGUGCCGAACCAAAGAUUUUAGAAACAUAUUCGAAAUUGACCAUGAAAGAUGCUAUGGAAUUUAUGAGGAGGAAUGCAUCGACCGUUGGAAACAUUUCCGGAACGGAAUCCAUGUCUGCCAUAUUUAAAAAUUAUACAAAUUCAAAUUUUAACACAAGCACGAGUUUAUCCCAACUCGAUACGAGCACGUGGAAUAUCGAUCUUCAAGAAUUGGAAUAUAAUCCGAGUAAAAAAGACUUAACGGAUGCCAAAAUACAUCAUCUUCUUUCGGAAGAAUUGUGCAAGCCGAGAAGGCAUAGAAGACUGAGUUAUAGCAGGCAUGCGGUUAACGAUCGUGAUCUUGCCACGCAAGAAGUCAAUUAUAAAAUGCACAUGAACAUAAGGAGAGUGAUCGGAGAAAGAAAACAUCACAAAAGGAGUAAAAAAUUAAACAAGGAUGGCAAACAAAAUCACGUUAGCUUUCCAGAAUUUCAACAAAAUGGAUCCGCCAAACAAUUAACUAACGAUUACAUCGAAGAAGUUCUUCAAGAUGAAGAUGAUCCCGAUUAUGAAAAGAAAGACGAUUGGGAAGGAAUAACAUUCACAGCUAAAUCCUCACCAAGUGGGAGUUCUGGAUUGAUAUCUCAGAUCACAAAUUUACCUGGGUUCGAUCCUACCCGUGCUCGCUUGGUCAAACAAUAUUCCAAGCCUUUGAUUGACUACGAUGACGCCCCAACUGUGGCAGAAGUAUCGUUGCCUUGGAGAAGAACAGAUGUUCCAGAUAGUUUGGCGAAAGCUUUAAGCUCUGGUGAUCUUACGGGUAAAAAAUAUUCAACAGAUUCUCAAGAUGAAAAUGGAGUUUUGACGCCGACAGCAACAGAAACUGUUUUGCCGUGGAAGCGCGAUGACAGCGACUCCGUCCUUAGUGGGGGACCUGUCAAACAAUCUGAAUUUCCUGCAUGGUGCUCUAAUAAAGAAUAUUUAGCUUAUAGUUCGCCUUCCGCUACUUUUCUGGGCGGCUUCGACCAGCCCAAAACGGCAUCCGUUAUCGGAUUAUUCCGAAGAGAAAGUUCAGGGUCAGUUAAAGGAUUUAGAUCGAGAGCCAAUUCUGAAUCAUCGCUUUCCGUGCUUGCGAACAAAGAAAAUUCCCCGGGAGUCCUCCUUAUCGAACAGGGAGUCGGUGUCAGUCAUCCUACGGAUAUACUUAAUGGUAGCGGUAGCAGCACGGCAAGCACGAGUAGCAGGAAACCUUUGAUAGGUCGACGGGGUUCUAUGUUAGAAUUGAGUAGUUCGGUUGAUCCGAUACCCGAAGAAGAACUUUUAGCAGGGAACUUAACUUACAGAUCGCCACACACGUCGUUACCUUCUCUUAUGGAAAAUAUAGGAAGUCAUCGUCGAGCCUAUCACAGCGCUCGCUCAUCAUCUAAAAGACGACAUCAUUUACCGGGUCAAAAUAACAUGUCUUCUGAUUCUUCGCAUUCAUCGAUAAGUGAAGGACACAUUUAA